AUGAUGUGCCGUUGUGAAUUAUUCGAAAAGACAGUUGAAACCGCAGCCCAGAAGAAAAUGGAGAUUAAUAAAGAAUUUGCAGAGGAUCCUAAAGGAGGCAAAGCCACAACGAUCGUGGACGUUGCUGGACCAACGACUACUUUUAUUGCCAGCCUUGCUUGUGGCAUAACAGCUGCAAUGAGUAUUCCAACUGCUGGGGCAGCAUCGUUCGCCGCAGCGUUUGUAGCUGGUGGUACUCUUCUUGUUAAGAUUGUCGAUAAACGCUAUCAACAAGCUAACGCUAAAGUAGUCGAGGAAGUGCUUGAGACAGCAACAGAAAAAGCACAAAUUUCAUCUUAUUUGAAUUGUGUCGUGAAGGACGUUGCCAAAGAAUUAUCUCGUAUUUUCGAGUCCCAGUUAUUUGAACUGCGAGGUGAUAAGCAAGUUGAAAUUUUGGCGGAGUCUGCGGUCGAUUUGAUGUUAGAUCUACAAAAAGACGAUACAUUCGACAGAAACACUUUACUUAAGAAAGUACUACAAGAUGGCAAAAUAAAAAAGAAAAAAAUACUUACAAGAACGAAGGAUAUUGAGUGGUCUGCUCCAAAUGUGUUUCGAAAACCUGGCUUGCGACGAAUGAUUUUCGGAAAGGAUGGCGCGGAAUUUAAGCAUUUUAUUAAACCAAACGAAGCUAGUAAAACAUGCAAAUAUGGUUAUCGCGGCCAGUUUCUUGAAGCAAAGAAAUCUGUUAGUCAAAACAGUGAAGGUGAAACAGCUGCGACGGAUGAAACCCCAACCAAUGAAGAUACUCGCGAAAAGUUGUGCGAAGACUGUUCUUCUAAUUAUGAAAAUUGCACCAGUGGCCAAUACUUUGAUGAAUCUGAAAUUGACUCUCAUUACAAUAAACCUCAAAAUAAAUUAUACAGUUACAAUCCACUACACAUUUUAAUUCAGUGUCCAAAGGUUUUGGAAUCUUUCAAUCAGCUUGAAAAGGAAAAGCCCUCGUUAGCCAAUUUUUUGAAGAGUAAGUUGCGUCUUCCUGAGGAUCAUCUUGUACGACCCGUCUAUCGACCACAUUCACCAAGGAAAGUGUCCGACCUUCAAAAGUCAGACCUUAUUGGAUCAGAUUUUAGCCAUUCCGAUUUCACAAAUUCAUGUCUCGAAGAAUGUGAUUUCACCAAGUGUGUCAUGCUGUUUGUAAAGCUAGGAGGGGCGAAGAUGUCUGGUUCAAAAUUUUGUGACACAUUAAUCAGUCACAGUAACUUGGAAAAACUGAAAGCUGAUCACUGCGAGUGGACGAAGACGUCUCUCCUUUACUCGAAUGUUAAAGGCGCAUACCUAAAUUUUGUAAAAAACAGCUUGUGUGCGAAUUGUUUGGAUGGAACCAAUAUUAGCGACGCCAUCACUGGAAAGAACAGGGAAUUGAACUGCAACGAAGGUAAGCACAAGUAAAUAAGAUUUUAAAAUUGACAUAAUAUUUUGAAACCAAGCCAGAAUGAGCACCAGAUUAUUAGUCCGAAUACUUUAUUUCUUCAAAUUGCGAGGACUUGAAAUCUGGUCCGAUCCGAAUUUGAAGUUUUAUAAUAAUAUAUCAUUGUCCUUUAUCAUUACUAAACGUAUUGUGAGUUAAGCGAAUCUGGUAUUGAUUCGAUUCUCAAUACACUUAGUCUCGAAAUCAAAUUUCUACUUACCAUCCAAUACACAUAUUAGUACAGUGUUCACUGUCCAAAGGUUUUGAAUGCUUUCAUUGGUAAUCGCAAAAACACCGAAAAAAGCUCUAACUAGCCAAUAUUUUGAAAAAAAAGAGUUAGCCCUUUCUGAGCAUCAUCUUGCACAACCCAUCUAUCGACAGCAUCUGCAGGGCAAGUUCCUGAUCUCCAAAAGUCAGACCUUACUAGAUUAUAUUUCAGCCAUUCCGAUUUCACAAAUUCAUGUCUCGAAGAAUGCGAUUUCAUCAAGUGUGUCAUGUUGUUUGCAGAGCUAGCCAAGGCCAAGAUAUCUGCUUCUCAAUUUUGUUGUGACACAUUGAUCAGAGACAAUAACUCGGUGGAAGUGAAAGCUGAUCACUGUGAGGGGACAAAAACGUCUCUCCUUCACUCGAAUAUGUCGGAUAGCCAAUACCUGGACUCUGGAGAACCCAGUACAAGUGGGAAUUUUUCCAAUGAGACAAGUAUUUCCAACACCAUCCCUGGAAAUAUGGGGAAAUUGAACCGCAGCGAAA